AUUUUGCUCCUCUAGGUUUAUAUCUUGUAACCUCAUACUGCGCUCGUCUUCACGAGAUCUCCCUCACUCAUUUUUCUGUGCUCUUUUUACAAGUUGUCAAACUGCGAUGUGGGAACUACUUUUGCUGCUGCUUUCAUGUCAUGUUGCAUCUCCAGUGACGCACUCCCUGAAGCAUGUCUACACUGCAUCCACCGAGGUCCCAAACUUCCCAGACUUUGUGGCAGUUAUGCUUGUUGAUGGAAUUCAAACAGAUCACUACUACAGCAACACCAAGAGAACAGUACCCACACAGGUCUGGAUGAACCAAGUCACAGCAGACGAUCCGGAGUAUUGGAAAAGACAAACUUUGUUCACCGAGGAACAAGAGCGGAGAUGCAGGAAGUAUAUGGAGAUAUUAAAGGGGCGCUUUAACCAGACCAGAGGACUCCAUGUAUUCCAGGUGUUGCAUGGCUGUGAAUGGGAUGAUGAGACUGGAGAUGUUAAUGGUUUUGAUUUAGUUAGUUAUGAAGGAGAAGACAUCUUACUAUUGGACAUGAAGGCACAGAGGUGGAUUGCUCUAAAACCUGAGCUUCUUAUAACCCAACAUAAGUGGAAUAAUGACAAAGGUUGGCUAGAAUUCAUGGAGCACCGUUUGAACCAGGAGUGCCCUGUGACGCUGAAGAACAGUUUGAAAUAUCAGAAGAGCUCUCUGCAGAAAACAGACCGUCCGUUGCUGUCUCUCCUCCAGAAGACUCCUUUGUCUCCAGUGACCUGCCAUGCCACAGGUUUCUACCCUGGCAAGGCUGUUAUAUUUUGGAGCAGGGAUGGAGAGGAUCUUCACGAGGACGUGGACCGCAGCGAGCUCCUUCAGAACCAUGACAACACCUUCCAGAUGAGCGUGGAUCUCGAUCUUUCGCAAGUCAAACCUGACGACUGGCCGCGGUACGAGUGUGUUUUUCAGCUCUCCGGUGUUGAGGAUGACAUCGUCAUCAAGCUGGACCCAGCAGUGAUCAAGACUAACUGGGUCAAGAAUCCCAGUGUCCCAACACUCCUCGUCACUUUGUCUGCAGUGGUCACACUGGCUAUCGUGUUCAUAGCGGCCACAGGGAUCCUAGUUUACAAAAAGAAAAAAGCCAAGAACCCUUCCAAUUCUCCUGACAACACUGAGCUCUCUGAGAACCUGAAUCCAGAGACCUGAUUCCACGCAGACCUCUUGAAGUAUUCCGGCACCGUGCCGGUUCACCGUUGUAACGCUGUAAGAGAAAAAAUGAAAAGUCAAUACACUUGGGAAUUUGUUGUGGAUGCGAUUUAUCAUGCUCCAACAUACAACUACGUUACUGGGAACGACAAUUAUGGUUGACACUCAGUCAUCAAUGACUGACCGUGUCUGCGAAAAAAAAAAUACAUGUGUUCACGUUCAUUGCUGAACACAAUCUAUCCUUCACAAUUUCUUUGUUUACAGUUUCUUUGUGUUAAAGUGCAAGCACUUUAGAGCCGAAUAACAUUUCAGGCUUAGGAUUUUUUUUUACUUCAUGCCCUGCAUAAAAUGCAUAGAGGUCGGGAUGAGCGAGAGAGGAGUCAUAGAUGAUAUUGAUGUUAAGAUGUUAAGUGUCUUAUGACUUAUGAGGUGAUAUCAUCAAAGUAAAAGUGUCAAAUGUAAAAAUGAUGACAUAUGACACAAACUAAAGGUUUAGUUAGGCCAUAGGAAUAAAAAAAAAACCUUGUUUUGUGCCUGACACUUACAAAAAACAGUUGCCGUUCAAGUUUAGAUUAUUAUUUCAAUAAAUUAGAAAUGAGAGAUUAAACAUUUCAUUUCUAAUUUCAGAUUUCUUAAAUUCUCACGAAUGAACACACACUAAUAUGCUAACACACGUGUAUACACAUUUGUAUUAGCCAAGGUAUAGUUGGAUACAAACACAAAUAGUAACUGUUUUGUGACCAAGCCACAAAAAUCUGUAUUAUUUUUCCAGUUAUGUAAAUAGUCUUCUCAUAUAUAUUUUACAAAACGAAGUUUGGUAAAAAUCUAACUUAAGCCAGGUAAAGUUAAUGUAUUUUACUUUUUGAUACUUGAAAAAAUUGACCUCAAGCUUCUGAAAAGUUAAAUUGAAAAAAUAUCUUCUCAUUUACAUUAAUGAAUGUUAAUUAAAUGGAUGACAGUGUCCAUAUAUCUGUAGAAAGCUAUUUAAACUAAACCAAGUAUAGCAGUUCUAUUGAAGGACACAAAAGUUCUUUACACAUGCUCCUCUUUGGAGGAGAUGGUUGAUGAUGGUUGUUUGAAUACUAAAUGGGGCGUCAUCACCCGCUCCUGUUCAGGAAUGUGCCUGAAAGACUUGAUGUUUGAUAAGCUUCAUGAUUUAUGUUUGUUGUUCUAAGACGAGUUUGACAUUUUCCUGUUUAACCUUUAUUGAUUUUAACGCUAUGUUUUCUAAAUUACAGCAUAUUUUAAUUAGUGUGUCCGUGGUCUUUAACAUUACUGUUUUUAUUGUUUUACGAGCUAGAAUAUCCUAUUCAUAACUUGACAUAUGGAUGUGAAUUUUAAAGAGGAAAACACCCUUGUGCUGACAAAUGAUAGGAUGACAUAAUAUAGAAAACAUGAAAACAAACAAAACAACAUGCAUCAUUUUGUCAGUCAGGGUUCCUCAGCCAUUGGCGAUCCUUAUACAUAUUUUAGGAUCCUAAAUUUUCAUCCGAUUACAGAGUUAUCAAGUUGUCAUUUGUAAUUGCAGUAGCUCACCACAAGAGACCUCUGGUAACUUCCCAAACCAGAGGUUACAUUGGUCUUUGAACUGAAAAUAUUUCAAUUUUGAAUUCAUGUUAUUUAUUUAUUUAUUUUUUUGGUUUUGGUUUCUUUUUUUUAUCUCACCAGCAUGAUCCUUUUUUUGUUUUAUUUGUGCAAAUACCCAAACUAAACAUUAUCUUGAUACCAAAAAGGAGUAAAUAAUAAAUAAAAAUCCUUCAUGAACUGUGUUUAAAGAAGAAAACAGUCUUACAUCUGUAUUCAUUUAGUUGUAUGUUGUUUGUUUCUAUUUGGAAAUGUAUACCAAGUAGCAGAUACUGAAAACUAAUAAAACUGUUCUUCAAGUGUCGGACAAGUUCUAUAUGCAGUUUAAUGUUUUGCUUUUCAAUAAAAGUCUCAUCAAGUCUUAUCAAUAAAAGGAAUAUUCAAAGUG